AAAAAAUAUUUAGACCAUAAAUGGAUGUCUUGGUAUUGCAACGGACAAGAAACCGCUCGCUUCUUGCAGCAAAACUGGCAAGGACAAGACGCCAUUAUUUGGUCUGAUCCUUUGAGAGCUGUAGACUUGGAGGAACGGCAUCGAUCAGUGUGCUAUUCGCCACGCAGCAUCAUGGUCCGAAGAAACAGCUCAAGUGCAUAUCGCGACAUGGAUGAAGAGUUUUUCUCGUCGCUGGAAGAGGCCAAUUACCAGUGUCACGAGUCUCCCUCCAAGAGCUCAUGUUUCAGCUCGAAGCUGUCGGAAUCGAAGAUUCUGCACCAACGUUGGGAGAAGCGUCGAGCUGUGCGAGGCAAGGUCGUCGUCACGCUGAGCUUGUUGCUGCUGGCAGGCGUGGGGACUGCAGCUCUGUACACAUCAAUGGACACGACAGUGUUGGCGAUGAAGAUGCGGGGUGCAUAUCCAAUAUUUCGCGGCAGUGCGAGUGUACUGAAGGAGAGCGAGAUUUAUACAGGUGAAGAUGUUCCAGACUUUGGAGAUGCCAUCCUAGCUUCCGAUGAGACGGUCACUCAGCGCAAGACGAACUACGCGCUGGACAACGCAAUGUUAGAAGAACUUGAUCCAUAUGAAGAGUUUCGCCGGGAUGGAAGACAGCUAGAAGCAAACUAGAACAGGCGAAAGUUCGAUCUCUCAAACAUAUUACUAA